GAAAAAUCGCCGGAUCAACAUGUUUUUCUUAGUUAAACCGUAUCGUAUGAAGUAUGUAUUUGGAUUGGGAGCGUUUGGAGCUCGAAAAUGCGGUUUUAAACGGACAUUUUGGAGUGAUUUAAUGUUGAAACGUCAGGAACCGAAACAGGAGGGGCAGAAGCAGGAAAGAAGUGUAGAUGAGGCGUCUGAUCUUAAGGAACAGACGCGUGUUUCUGAUAUUUCAAGUUCAAUUGGUGAAAAACCCCGAGAUUUUGCUUUGGAAGCAGAAAAAGAAAUUUCAAUAUUAAAAGAUAAAUAUCUGAGAUCAGUAGCAGAUUUUAGAAAUUUGCAAAUGAGAAUGCAAAAAGAGGUUGAAGAUGCGAAAUUAUUUGCAAUUCAACAGUUUGCAAAAGAUCUGAUUAAUUCGGUUGAUAAUUUGGAGCGAGCAUUAGCUUUAGUUCCAGAAGAUAGUCGAAAAGAUGUAGAAAAGAAUAAGGAACUGGUUGAUCUUUAUACGGGGCUUAAAAUGACGGAAACAGUUUUGAAUAAAACGCUAGAAAAACAUGGACUUGUGAAAUAUGAUGGUCUUGGUGAGAAAUUUAAUCCUAAUCUACAUGAGGCAGUAUAUCAAGCAUUAGUUCCUGGAAAAGAAGCAGGAACGAUUUUUCAUAGUGAACAGACCGGGUUUAUUUUGAAUGGUCGAGUGAUUCGUCCAGCAAAGGUGGGUGUUGUUAAAGAACAUUAAAAAACUAUAAAAAAGAUUCAUGUAUUUAUUAUGUUUUUUUUUUUU